UGAAACUGAUCCAAAUUUCAGCAAAAUCGCAAUCAAUAUGGACAAAAUAAGUCUCACGGAUUUGAGGCGCCAGUUCUUCGGUCCAACCCUGGAUGAAAGUCUCCUGUAUGGCGUCGAUUGUUUGAUGGAUCUCUUUGGGGUCAAUCGCGACGGGUACCUAGAACGUCAAUCGCGGCAGGAAGUUUUAGAUCGAAUGAGUCUGAAGCGAUCGGUCAGUGAUUUGAAUAUGUUUGAAUCGUGCCGUGACGUAAGUUUGCACGGUGAAGAAAGUUCUCCCGUUAGGUCUUUGGUCGGUGUCGAGGACCAGAAGAAUUUGGAUGUUUUGAAAAGGGAGUCCACUGCUAGUUCAACGAAAAGUAACAAUACACCUCAGGACAAUGUAUCCAGUACAUCGACGGAAGAGAAGAUUUCGAAGGAAUCUUCCAAACAAGAUAGGAUAUCUGGUAAGAAGCGAUCAAUAAAUUCGUCGCUGUCCUCCAAAGAGCCAUCGAAAUCAUCCCGCAGCAACAAACUUUUCUCAUCAUCCGAGCAAAGCAGGAAAACAAAGUCCUCGUCUACCGGAAGUAGCAAAAUUCUAGAGAAGUUGAAAAAAGAACUCGCCAACAGCUAUAUAUUUGAGACGAAAACCAAUCCCUCAUCGCCACCACGUGGACGCCACUCCCCCAGAGCGUCACGUCCCACCACCCUGCGAUCCUUGUCCACUCCGCCUCCGAAAGCACCCUCCCGGCGACCCAAGCUGAUUCGUACCAGAUGGGCCAUCGUCAAAGUGAACGAGUUCGAUGAUAGUGCAAAAACGUACGAAAUACUCCAGACGGAUCAACACUCGGCAGACGACGUUGACCAGCUCAAGAAUCAAUUGGUCGGAGCCGGGGCAGACCUGCCCCCGGAAAUGAUCACGGAGAUUGUUUUUGCCAACCUUCCAGACGGCUCCACACUCAGCUAUCGGUUGGGCAGUGAGAAACUACGCUGAUGUUCUGU